GGAGCGCACAGGAUGGUGACGGAGGUGUCUGGAAUUUAUUUUCCUGGCUACAAGAUUAACCCCCAAGCUUGGGUUCAAGAACUGUUUCAGUAGACAUGGGAGUUUCCCCGGCUUAGUGAGAUGAGGCCCUGGUUUGUUAGCAUUGAGGACUAGGAAGAGAACACUCAUCCAAGAGAAGCCAGAGGCCCGUGUGACUGACUGUACUCCGGCUGUCAGAGAACAACGCACGGAUGUCUCAGAGGACACUAAAGAUCAUAAGCUCAUUUCUGCCUUGUUUUACUGAAGAAUCCAUUAAAAGAGCCAGUUAAUCUUGUGGAAAAUGGCGUUCAGUGAUCUUACAUCGAGAACUGUGCGUUUUUACGAUAAUUGGAUCAAAGAUGCUGAUCCAAGAGUUGAAGACUGGCUCCUCAUGUCCUCGCCUCUGCCACAAACCAUCAUCCUGGGGCUCUAUGUCUAUUUUGUCACAUCUCUGGGACCAAAGCUCAUGGAGAAUCGGAAGCCCUUUGAACUCAGGAAAGCGAUGAUAACGUACAAUUUUUUCAUAGUACUGUUUUCUGUGUAUAUGUGUUAUGAGUUUGUGAUGUCCGGCUGGGGGACAGGCUAUUCGUUUCGAUGUGACAUUGUUGACUAUUCUCAGUCACCCAGAGCCAUGAGGAUGGUACACACCUGCUGGCUUUAUUACUUCUCCAAAUUUAUUGAGCUGCUAGACACUAUCUUUUUUGUUCUGCGUAAGAAAAAUAACCAAGUGACUUUCCUUCAUGUCUUCCAUCAUACAAUCAUGCCGUGGACCUGGUGGUUUGGAGUCAAAUUUGCUGCAGGUGGUCUGGGAACAUUCCAUGCCUUCUUAAACACAGCCGUGCAUGUGGUCAUGUAUUCCUACUACGGACUGUGUGCCAUGGGGCCGGCCUACCAGAAGUAUUUAUGGUGGAAAAAGCAUUUGACAUCUUUACAACUUGUCCAGUUUGUCCUGGUCACCGUCCACAUAGGCCAGAUCUUCUUCAUGGAGGAUUGCAACUACCAGUACCCAGUGUUUCUGUACAUCAUUAUGAGUUACGGAUGCAUCUUCCUGCUACUGUUUCUCCAUUUUUGGUACCGUGCUUAUACCAAGGGUCAAAGGUUGCCCAAAACUAUACAAAAUGGAAAUUGCAAAGCGAAGCCUCACUAAGAGACAGGUGCAGCCUGGAUCUACAAUUGAGACUCAUAUUUUGCCUUCCUUGACAAUCAAGAGAUACUCACCUAUGCAGUGCAUUUUGUAUAUUUUUCAAAACCAAGAGCUUGUAUUUUUAUGAUAAGUUAUUUGGGUUUCUGAUCUUUGAGAGUCCAAAGCUCCCUGAUAAGUCUCCUCAGUGGAAGAGACCGGAGCAGCCAGGAGGUUUCCUAUUGCCUUUCACGCUAACUGAAAGGUCUUAAUGCAUUUUGCUACAGCGAGAGGAGGAGAUGAAGUGAUAGAGUACUCUUCUAGGAACUCCGAGAUGAUGAAAAAUACUAGCGAUUUUGACCACGGACGGGGAUCCAUAGAGUAUGAUAGAUUCCUCCUGUCUGGUGUGGAGACCUCUGACUGGCUUCUGGCUCUGUCGUUCAUUCCUUGCAUUCAGAAGACAUGAAAUUCACUCUAGGGCUCAGUUCCCAAUCUAAAGUGCUAACACAGGGGAAGCCCACGUGGCUUUCUGAUAAGUUCUCAUUCUAAAUCAUUAGUGAUAUAGUUGGAAUGGGUCUUCUGAGUGGUUGCCACCAGCCCUGCUGGGAAGACUCCCUGACAAGCGGCGCAGAAGCUGUCGAAGGCCGUGGCGCUCCAGCUUCUGAGCCGAUGCCUUUGACGCUAAGGUGAAGGUCAUUGUUGUGCUGCAAACGAGAUGACUUGUGUCAACAGGUUAAUGAACACUUUGCUAAUGGUGAGUUUACCAUUGACUCUGUGUAGGCCUGACACGAGGGAUGUGUCCAUGAAACUAUUGCUGUGGAGUUCAGUGGGGAAAGUCAUAAACGGUUGUAGUAUGACGCCGCUCUCGGAUACGUCAUGUCUAAAAGGAUUGUCUUGCCUAACUGUGUAUUAGCUGCAUAUUUAAAUGUUCAUGUGAUUAGCUUACCUUGGAUGCCUUUGAAUCACAAAUUGAUUUUCAAAUAUCUGCUAUGCAAAGUGGCUUAUGAAGCAACUGGUGGUGGGUGGUGAAGAAUCUGAGGCCAGAUGUGGUUACAUUAGCAAGGGCUGUUAGAUUUGGGGAGACAGAGAGACUACAUUAUGGUUACUAUUAUACAUAUUUAGUGUGGUGCAUACACCGCAUGAAGAAAUGUUUUCCGGAAUCAUGAAUUAGCGAGGAUUUUCUUUUCUUCAGACUGUAAACCAUAUUGUGAAGGGCUGAAAUUUUUGUGGUAAAUGGUUUGUUUUCCCCCUUUAAAAAUGCUCCUUUCUAGAAUUUUCUUGUUCUUGCUGGAGAACCAGAACCAACCAACAAUACUUGGAUACUUGUGAAGCUGUUGGUAUUAUUUCGUUUUCCCUUUGAAGGAGUGUUUAUGUGUGAACAAGUUCACUGUCGGUACUGACGGCCUCGGACUGUGUGCCACACGGUGUCUCUUUCUCAUUUUUCCUCAAAGUCUGCAUUUUCACUGACUGUUAACUCUGAGGUUUAGCCUGCUCUCUCCUGAUCCAUUACUCUGCACCAUGCCUUCGUCUCCACAUUUACUUAAUUUAUAAAGUGAUUUACCGUUAAGUGGCCUUUAGUGAUUCCACUUGCUUGCGACGAGGAGCAGAGGAUAAUAGGAAGAUUUUCGUACUUAAAAAUAAAAAGUCACAGACAAGCCUAGCUGACAGGAGCAGCAGCCCUCGUCUGUCACUGUGAAGGUCUCAGGGAUCCAUGUUUUCCUAUUUUGACUCUGUGUAUUGAUGGGACAGUAUGGUAGAUGUAGUUACCUACGCAAGUGAUUCCCAAAGACUCAAAGGAACUGAAAAUAGAAAAUAAAACAGGAGACUCCCUACUUACUUGCUCCUCCAUGUUUUUAAGAUGUCUGGUAAUGCCUGUGGACCAAGAGCAACAUUGUGAUAUACCACAUUCUCAAAUAUGUGAAUGAAAGCAGGGAGGUGGGAUGUUGUAUGAAAACAGGUCCCGGUGGACCGGCAGACAGAUAUAAACAUCAGUAGAUCAAAAUGAACGUCACUGGCUGUAGAACUGGUAUAGGCAGUGUUUGAUCAGACCGAGCUUCUAAUGGGGUUUUACCUACUUUUCAGGGCUUUGUUGCCUUUAAACUUGCUUGCCUAAUAAGCAAAAGCCCAGCUAUUAAGUAUAGUUUAUAAUAAAAGUUCUAUGAGUCCUUGAGGACCAACAUAUAUGUUAUAUAUGCAGAUUUUUAAAUAUCUAUGGGAUGUUAUGAUUUUCUGUCUUCAUACUCAAGGAAAAUCCUAAAUUGCGUAUAUAUACCACAUUGUUGCAUAGUUUGGGAAAUUGUGAGAUUAUAUCCCUUGGUUAUCUCUUAUUUCUGUUAACUUUUUAACGACUGAGGAAGUUGUGAGAAUUUGGGUUUGUUCUCUGUGCUUUAAUAAAGUUGUGGCAUCACGUGUA